UCGAGGUGCUGGGCAGCCAGACAGUCAGCUGUGGCACACAGCCAGGCCUCGCUCAUGUAAUUAACAGGGUGUUAAUUGCGGGGUAAUGAGCGGGGAGUGGGGGGUGGCCCUGCGGCACAAAGCGGCACCUGGGCCCUCCCCGCCCCUGCCCUCCCCUUUUCCACGUGUGUCCCCACACGUGCCCGCUCAGCCGCUGCCCACCCUUGCCCCGCCUCCUCCACCCACAUCUGUUCCCAAUCUCAUGCCCACAUGUUCUCAUGUUGCUGAGUCCCCAUAUCCUCAUAUUCUCACAUCCCCAACUCCAUGUCCACAUGUUCUCAUGUCCCUAUGUCUCCAUGUCACUGUGUCACCAUAUCUGUAUGUCUCCAUGUCCACAUUCUGAUGUCCCACUGCCUCCAUGCCCAUGCCCCCACCCUCCUUCCCAUGCCCCCGUUUUCCUGUCCUGUGUUCCUAUGUCCUCAUAUUUCCAUCUCCAUGCCCCCAUAUCUCUGCCUUUCCAUGUCCCAUAUACCCUUGUGCCCACAUCACCACCUUCCCAUGUCCCCACAUGCCCAUGUCUCUGUGCUCCCAUAUCCCUGUAUCCCCAUCCUCCCAUGCCCAUGUUCUCGUGUUCCCAUGUCCUGUAUUCCCAUGUUCCUGUCCCUAUGUCCCCAUGUCCCUGUGUCCACAUCACCACGUCCCCAUGUCACCGUCCCCAUCCCAUGUUUUCUUGUUACCCCGUUAUCCCUGCUGUCCACAUCCCCCAGUUUGGCCGGACCGAGGUCAUCGACAAUUCCCUGAAUCCUGACUUCCUGCACAAGUUCGUCCUUGAUUAUUGCUUUGAGGAGCGGCAGAACCUGCGCUUUGACUUGUAUGAUGUGGACUCCAAGACCCCUGACCUCUCCAAGCAUGAUUUCCUGGGGCAGGCAUUCUGCACCCUGGGAGAGAUUGUGGGCUCAGCUGGCAGCCGCCUGGAGAAACCCCUGAUGAUGGGGACAGCCACCACGCACCCCCGGGGCAGGAGACCAGCCCCGGCCGCCUCCAAUGGUGGCAUUCCGGGGAAGAAGUGCGGCACCAUCAUACUCCUCGCUGAAGAGCUGGGAAACUGCCGGGACGUGGCCACACUCCAGUUCUGCGCCAACAAGUUGGAUAAGAAGGAUUUCUUCGGAAAAUCUGACCCCUUCAUGGUCUUCUACCGCAGCAACGAAGAUGGGACUUUCACCAUCUGUCACAAGACAGAAGUGGUGAGGAACACACUGAACCCUGUCUGGGCAGCCUUUGCCAUUCCUGUGCGUGCCCUCUGCAAUGGGGACCAUGACCGAGCCAUCAAAGUGGAGGUUUAUGACUGGGACCGUGAUGGCAGCCAUGACUUCAUCGGGGAGUUCACCACCAGCUACCGGGAGCUGGCGCAAGGCCAGAGCCACUUAAACGUGUAUGAGGUGGUGAACCCCCGGAAGAAGAUUAAGAAGAAGAAGUACCUGAACUCGGGGACAGUGACACUGCUGUCCUUUGCUGUGGAGGCCGAGCACACCUUCCUGGACUACAUCAGGGGCGGGACCCAACUCAACUUCACAGUGGCUAUCGACUUCACGGCAUCCAAUGGGAACCCCUCGCAGCCCACGUCCCUGCACUACCUGAGCCCCUUCCAGCUGAAUGCCUACAGCCUGGCACUGCGGGCCGUGGGGGACAUCAUCCAGGACUACGACAGUGACAAGAUGUUCCCAGCCCUUGGCUUUGGCGCCAAGGUCCCCCCAGAUGGGCGUGUGUCCCACGAGUUCCCACUGAAUGGGGAUGCAUCAAACCCGGCGUGCCAUGGCAUUGCGGGGGUGCUGGAGGCGUAUCAACGCAGCCUGCGCCGUGUCCAGCUCUAUGGCCCCACCAACUUUGCCCCUGUCGUCAACCAUGUUGCCCGCUCAGCGGCCACAGUGCUGGAUGGGUCCCAGUACUUUGUCCUCCUCAUCAUCACUGAUGGUGUCAUCUCCGACAUGGCCCAGACCAAGGAGGCCAUUGUCAAUGCUGCCAAAUUGCCCAUGUCCAUCAUCAUCGUGGGGGUUGGCCAGGCCGAGUUUGAUGCCAUGGUGGAGCUGGAUGGGGACGAUAUCCGCAUCUCUUCCCGUGGGAAAGUGGCUGAGCGUGAUAUCGUCCAGUUUGUUCCAUUUCGUGACUACAUGUCAGGGGGUCCCGGCGCAGGGCUGAGCAUGGCAGGACUGGCACGGGAAGUCCUAGCCGAGAUUCCCGACCAACUCCUCUCUUACAUGAAGGCACGGGGAAUAAAACCUCCCCCCAUCCCUCCCAUGUCCCCUGAAACCCCCCCACCCUGACUGCCUGCUCCCAACACACCACGUCCCCUCAUCUUACCCCAGGAGCCUCUGUCCAGGGACCAAAGGCAGCCAUACUCUGCCAGGGACCUGGGACUGGGGGUUCCUCUCCUCCCUUCCACAACCUUGAGAUCCUUCCCUGAUCUGGGGUCCCCUCCCCAGUCCAGGUUGCCACCACCACACCCAUAAACCAGCUUUUGGGUUUCCCAGGGGGGAUUGGGAUGGUGUUGCCUGAGCAUCCUUGGCCAUGGGAUUCCCCCCUAUACCCAUCCAAGACUGUCCUGCCCCCCAAAAAAGGGGCAAGGAGUCUUUGCCCUCCUGACCAGAAAGCCGGGGUGUGCAGGAGCCUCCCCCAAAUGUGGAGUGCCCCCCUAGGGUGAUGCAUGACCCCUCCUCACUUCAUCAGCCUUCCCAAAUCCAUGGUCCCCCCAGUUCCUGGGCUGAUCCCAGUGGGGUCCCCAGUGUUUUUGGUGUUCCCCCUUGCCGUGCCGCAUGU